CGCGGGGAGGGCGGGGAGUCCGCAGCGGCAGCAGCAGGAGGAGGAGGAGGGAGCCGGAGGGCGGCCGGGAGGCGGAGAAGGGAGGCAAGAAAGUAGCAGAAAGUGAGGCUGGCCACCCGCGGCCGAGAAGCCGGGCGAGCGGCGGCGGCAGCAGGAAGUCUGAGCCUGAGACCAGCAGAAAUACGAGCCAGGGAGGGACCGCGGCGGCGAGAGUGAAAGAGGAAACUGCCGAAGAGGAAGCUCUGCCGCCGCAGCCAGUCUCCUCCGGCUCCCGCGCCGAGCAUCCCCGCGCCGCCCGCGCCGACCUCCGGGGACCCCCCUGCCCCGCGCCGCCCCCCUCGCCGCCCCGGCGCCCCCUCCUCAGCGCGCCCGCCCCGGCCCCGCGCGCCCGGCCGCGCCGCCCUCGUCUGCCAUGGCCCGGGAGAACUGCGAGGGCAGCGCCUCCUGGAAGAAGCAAGCGGAGGACAUCAAGAAGAUCUUCGAGUUCAAGGAGACCCUCGGAACCGGGGCAUUUUCUGAAGUGGUUUUAGCCGAAGAGAAAGCAACUGGAAAGCUCUUUGCGGUGAAGUGCAUUCCUAAGAAGGCGCUGAAGGGCAAAGAAAGCAGCAUAGAGAAUGAGAUAGCCGUUCUCAGAAAGAUUAAGCAUGAAAACAUUGUUGCCCUGGAAGACAUUUAUGAAAGCCCAAAUCACUUGUACUUGGUCAUGCAACUUGUGUCCGGUGGAGAGUUGUUUGAUCGAAUAGUGGAGAAGGGAUUUUACACAGAGAAAGAUGCUAGCACUCUGAUCCGCCAGGUCUUGGAUGCUGUCUACUAUCUCCAUAGAAUGGGCAUCGUCCACAGGGACCUCAAGCCUGAAAAUCUCUUGUACUACAGUCAAGAUGAGGAGUCCAAAAUAAUGAUCAGUGACUUUGGAUUGUCAAAGAUGGAGGGCAAAGGAGACGUGAUGUCCACGGCCUGUGGGACCCCCGGUUACGUUGCUCCCGAGGUCCUCGCCCAGAAACCUUACAGCAAAGCUGUUGACUGCUGGUCCAUCGGGGUGAUUGCCUAUAUCUUGCUCUGUGGCUACCCUCCCUUUUAUGAUGAAAAUGACUCCAAGCUCUUUGAACAGAUCCUCAAGGCAGAGUAUGAGUUCGACUCCCCCUACUGGGAUGACAUCUCUGACUCUGCAAAAGACUUCAUUCGGAAUCUGAUGGAGAAAGAUCCAAACAAAAGAUACACAUGUGAGCAGGCAGCUCGGCACCCAUGGAUCGCAGGUGACACGGCCCUCAACAAGAACAUCCACGAGUCGGUCAGUGCCCAGAUCCGGAAGAACUUCGCCAAGAGCAAAUGGAGACAAGCAUUUAAUGCCACUGCCGUCGUGAGGCAUAUGAGAAGACUCCAUCUUGGAAGCAGCCUGGACAGUUCAAAUGCGGGCGUGUCGAGCAGCCUCAGUUUGGCCGGCCAGAAUGAUUGUCUGGCACCCUCCACGCUCUGUAGUUUCAUUUCCUCUUCAUCAGGGGUCCCCGGCGUGGGAGCGGAGCGGAGACCGAGGCCCACCACUGUGACGACGGUGCACUCUGGAAGCAAGUGACUGGCUCUGGAGGUGGGGCCCAGGGGCGAGGCCUCGCGCAGAGCCAGGGAAGGGGGUCCCCAGGGCCACCAGUGCCACCAGCCACCCCAGAGUGAUCCCACCUUGCAUGGUGCGCCUACCUGCACAGGACUGGAAGACAGAAGUUUUUUAUGGCCAUAUUUUAUACUGCAAUUCUGAAGUGUUCAUUUCUCACAAACUGUACUGACUCAAGGAAGCUGAUUUAACAGGACCUGGUGCUGUAUAUAUGAAUCUUGCAAAGCUCUAAUGAAUGGACUCUCUUUGUCCUCUCCCCAACUUCCUUCCGUCAUUUCUGCUCUUCUCACUAUAGGUAACUGUCUAUGUUGUAUUUUUCAUUAAUGACAAAAAAAGUUUCAACUGGAUUAUUUAAGUAUUGGUAAAUAUUGCACAUUAGGGUUUUUUUUUUUUCCUUU